GAGCCCUUCAGAGAGAGAGCACACGCACCCUCUCAAGGGCUGUUUGGAACCUGACAGCGGAAGUGACGCACAUUUAAAGAUGACGCGUGCAAUAAUAUUCAUAUUGUUGCUCGAUUUAUAGCGUUUGUGUAAUUCAUAACUAAAAUGCAGAAACAGAGAAACGAGUGUGUGUUGCAGUGUGUGUCUCUGGAGUCGCCGGUGGGAGAGCUUCUGCUGAGCGGCUGUGAAAAAGGAGUACAUACCAUCACUAUUACUAUGGAGACAGAACAUAGGUCUGGGCUCAUUUCGAACCAGGCAGAACUGAACUCUGAGCUUCGGCAGUGUGUUACGUGGCUCCAGAGUUACUUUCGUUCUGCACAGUCAGUGAGCUCUCUUCCUUUUCCUGCUUUACAUAACCCACUAUUGCAGGGAGACUCCUUCACUGCACAGGUAUUGAGAAUAUUGCAGUCGAGGGUACAAGUAGGACAAACCGUCUCCUACAAGGAGCUGAGUGAGAUGGCAGGAAACCCGAAAGCUGCUCGAGCAGUGGGCAGUGUUAUGAAGAGAAAUCCGGUUCCUCUGAUUGUGCCCUGUCAUCGUGUGCUGUGUAGCUCAGGUCAAACUGGAAGAUAUAUGGGAGGCAAAGGAGAUAAUAUUAAGCUGUGGCUGCUCUCUCAUGAAAAGAAAGAAGGGUUAGACCUAACUGCUUAAACGUUGAAUACCGUUUAUUAUUUUCUCUGUUGGAUAACACACCCUGAGAUGUUCACUGUUCGACAUUGUUAUUAUGCAAGGAGUGGGUGUAUGUUCUACUUCAGAUACCAAAACUAAAGCAAAUGUUUAUUCCAUUAAUCAGUUCAAGCAUUAAUCAGUGUUAUUGUUAUAAUUGACUUUACAGUUACUGCACACAAUUGAUGGUAGUAAAAUUCUAUUGCUUUAGCAGGCAGGUCUUAACCAGUAGAGAAAUGGAAGACAUUCUUCAACCUAAGCCUGUGUAGUCCUUUGGUUUCUUUAUACACCUUUAAUAUAUGAAGAUCUCACUAUUCUGUAAAUAAUUACUUAGUUGAUUAUAUCUACUCAGCUGGAUGCUUCUCAGAGUAAAAUUGAAGCCAUUCACUAAUAAAGGAACAUUAUUUGUAUGACAUAGUAUGA